AUGUUUUCCUUCAAGCGAGAGAUCGACUUCACCGGCUACAGCUUUAUUGUGCCCUCGAUCAGCGUGGGCAACGUGCCGCAGCUCGCAGCCGAUGCCGUGAUCGAGACGCUCCAGCUAGAACCGAUCGGUCUGCUUUGGUCCCCGGCCCUGGUGCCGAUCGUCGGUGCGCCAGCGUUUGAGCACACGGGCGGUAGCGAUGCGAUAACCACCACGGCCGAGUUGUACGUUUCGCAGGAGAAGAAACUACUGGUGCUGCAGCUCCGGGCGCCGCUGGUCGGCCCGCUCCGCCAAACCUUCCUGGAUGAGCUGGGCGAUUUCGUGCGCGAUGGGAAAUUCUCGCAAGCCAUCCUUCUGUCCAGCUGCUUCUCGCACGAAAAGUUCGACAUCCGCACCGGACCGUUCCGGUACGUCGCGAACGAGCUGUACGAAGCGCAGUCGCCGGAUGCGGCCCACCUGAAGGACGACCGUUGGACAAAGCAUAGCGGCGGCGUCAUCCACGGGGGAGGUUUCGCCUCGAAGCUGCUGGACGCGCUUACCGCGCGCCAGGUGCCGGCAGUCGUUUUCUUCAUGUACGUAUCCGAGGGCGACAACACGGCGGAAGGAUUGAUGCUGGCCCGCAUGUUGAAUGCGAUCAGCGGCGAGCGUUUGCUGGCGUCCGAGCGGAACGACUUCCGAUGGCCCAGCUCGUGGAAGCAUCUGUUCGGCACAGCCCAUCCAAGAACGUUGUAUUGA